UCGCGGCUCCCUCCUAUCCAGCGGCUCCGGUGCCUACGUCACCACAUUCCACCGAAUGCGAUGUAACAGCGUGUAAAUCGUGAAGGUGUCUCACAAAACACUACAAGAAACAUAUGCAAGAUGAGGGAAGCGGCCAUCCUGUUCACACCGUGUGUGUUUCUGUGUCUCUUCCUGAGCUUCAGCCAGGCAGCAAGACAGGGACAGGACAUGAAAUGUGGAGCGUGCAGGGCUCUGGUAGAUGAGAUGGAGUGGGCCAUCUCGCAGGUAGAUCCAAAGAAAAUGAUCCAAACGGGAUCCUUCAGGAUUAACCCAGACGGCAGUCAGUCCAUCAGAGAGGUUCCCCUGGCCCGCUCUGAGGGAAACCUACUUGAGCUGAUGGAGACUGUGUGUGAGAGGAUGGAGGACUACGGUGAGCGCAGUGAUUCUUCCACAAACAGGAAGUCCUACAUUAGGAUAAAGUCUCGGACUGGUGGAGCGAUGGACCUUUCAGAGGCUAAGCUGGAUUCAAGAGUUACAGGCAGUUUAAAAUUUGCAUGUGAAACAAUUGUUGAGCAGCAUGAAGAUGAAGUCAUUGAAUUCUUCGGUCACGAGACAGAUAAUAUCAAAGACAAACUCUGCAGCAUGAGGACAGACCUCUGUGAUCACGCUCUGGAAAUACCCCAUGACGAACUUUGAUAUCAUCUAACCAUCUGAAACAGAGACGUCAGUAGCCGUCAUGUUUUCAGUUGUCUCUCAUCCCCGGUUUACAUUAAGGGUAGUGGUAGAAGAUGUAUACAGUUAGUUACUAUGAAAUAUACCUAAAGAUCCACCUGAAAAUAAAAAUGUUAUUCCUAUGAUUUCUGACAAUUUAAUAGAAUAGAUUUAAGGACCAUUUUGUCAUUUUUUCAAUGUAUGUCUUUGGACUAUCCUGUCACUUGUUUAUAUACUGUAAGUUAUUUUACAAUUUUUUUAUAGUCUGGGUUUCAUAUAAAAAUUGCCUCCACAUACUUUUCAUCAGAUAAAACUGAAACUGUGAAACUGCACAAAUGAAGUUAUACUUCUGAGUGCAUAGCUACAUGAUUUCUUACAGGAUUAACUGUACAUUCAGCAAUAUCAUUGAAUUACACCGAGGUGGAAAUUUGGUCAAGUGGUCCUUAAAUCUUUAUUCAUUUGCAUUGAUAAAAAACUCAACAAUGAAAGUGUCAUUUUACAGUUCUAGUUUAUUGAAUGUCGACAAGAUCACAGGAAUAACUUUCUGAUGUACAAUUUGAGAAUAAUUAGUUUUACCAAAGGACAAAAUAUGCCUUUAUAGCUGAACAAAUUGAUGUCAACACUCUUGAAAUAUGAAUCCCAUGUAGGCCCCUUGCUAUUGAUUUCAUAUUUGUCUGAGUCCUCUAAUGUUUACAGUGAUUUUUUUUUCAGCAAAUGGUUUACUUUCCCAACAUGCUGCCCUUCUGAUCCAGAGCAGAACAUAUCUUUAUACCAACACAAAAAGUAAAAAAAUUAGUUUAGAAUAGUUUAUAGAUUUAGGAGUAUGUAAUCCAGUUGCAAUCACCUUUAAUCACAAUAUUUAAAGCGUUUUUAAAAUUUGUAUUUCAAGCACCAAGAGUUAAGUUCUGUUUCCUCUUGUCUAGUAAAACUCCAGUGUAACACCACCAGAGUGUGCUGUCGUCCACAAUCUGAUAGUUGAGUCCAAAUGAUUAAGAUCUCAGUUGGAGAGUCUUCAUGCUGUACUGUAGAUGUAGAUUAAAAGUAUCAUGUAUCAUGUAUUUUCAAUGUUUGAAAAAAUCCGAACAUGCUGUCUUGUGAACAUUCUUCUGAUUUACUGAUUACUUUUUAUAUAUAAACUUUGUAAGACCUUUG